UUUGAGCCUUAACAGCAGCACAUGCGACUUGACAAAAUAAAUCCCUCUGUGCCAAGGAGAGUGAAAUGUUCUGGCCGAUGAAAGCUACUCUUUCUCCAGGUUGUGACACUGCCUGUCAGUUCUACAGAAGCAUGGAAGUCAGGGAAUUAGAGGUCGGAAGGGUCCUCUCCCCCGACUGUUGAACGCCUCCCCAGAUCCAACGCUCUUUCGACCAUGACUAGAAGGGAGGCCUGUGCUGGAAAGAUCUAACCUCCAACCUCCCCUCACUCAGAGUAGCUGCCUGCCUGUUCCAGUGGCCAGAGUUGAGCUGAGCAUGAAAACCAAAUGCUUUUGAAAGCUAAGAAAGGAAAGGGGAACUUAACUCACUGAGGAAGUAUCACUGAAUGAGCACACCUGAAAAAAGCUCAACUCCUUGGAAAGCAGUGCUGAUGCCUAAAAAAGAGAAAUGGGGUCUGUCGGGAAUGUUCACACCACCAGGUUCUUCAGCCUCUGACGUGUGGUGUAAGGAAAAAGGGUUCAUUCUGGAUUGUGUUGCAGUGGACAGCUUAGCAAAAGGGACCCACAGUUUCUUGCCAAACUUGAAUAGUGUCAUUCCUCCUUACAAUGCUCAGAAGGACCAACACCUGGUUGACUAUUUUGCAGCCAAAGCUUCAUCUCGGUUUCAUCGGGGAAGAGGUUCAUGGUCUAAAGGAGUAGUGGCCCAGGAGGUGGAAGAGCAAGCAGGGAAAGAAAAAAUGGGAUCAAUGGACCAGUACCUCAUGAGGAGGAACAGAGCAGGUGCAGGUCAUUCUAUGGAAGAGAUACAAGGACAUGAUUUUCUAUUUUCUUCUCUCAAACCAAUCCUUGGAUACAAUGGUGCUUAUGGAUACAGGAGGAAUUGCCCAAAUUUACGCAAAAUCCCUGCUACUUUUGGGAUAUUAACUCACCUGCCAAUUCAUUAGCUUUACACCUGGGGGGGAGUUCCUUUUAAAUUGGUCCUGGGUCUUGUUCAAUUCUUGUUCAAUUAUUCACUGAAUUUUUUAGGCCACACUGAUAAUCAUAUGUACAUCCAUGUAAUAUGAUGAUAUACACUGAACCUAUACACCCAUUAAAGCAAUAAUUAACAUCCUUUCCAGCGUGUUGGUAUGUAAUUUAAAAUUCUAAAUGUGGGUUCUAAUCUGUCUUCCCAAUUUUGGGGGGAAACUGAGUAAAAUCACUGGUAAACGAGUUUAGGUUUUUUAAGGGUUUA